AUGGUGUCUCCAGUUCUGACAUGCUGUGUGCUUCCCCACAACAGGAAGUUAUUGAAGAGGAGCCCCAGGGCUCCUUCUGCGUCACCCUCCUGAGACCAGCGACCUGACGUAAGUACGGUCACUGCCCUACCUAUUCCUGGCACCUCCCUUGCCAUACCCUGAAAUUGUACCCCGUACUUCCCCACAACAGGAAGUUAUUGAAGAGGAGCCGCUGGCAUCGCUCUCAAUCUUACACCAAGCGAUGGAAACCAUAAUCCGCAUGACGCAAGUUCGGGGAGGUACUUCUAGUCUCCCUACAGCUUGUCACUGCCCCACCUAUUCCUGGCACCUCCCUUGCCGUACUAGGAGCCGUGGGGAGCUCUCUCAUUAGGAGGUCCCUGAUGACGGCUGGAAAUGACCCUCGGCCACCCCAGAAAGACCCCUCCCCUGAAAGAUUACCCCGAAAUGAUAGACACCAGUUGGUGCCGUUGGAAGCGUGCAAAGAUGACAUGGUGCAGCCACCGUUUGGGGCUGCCAUUGCUGGUCCGAGGAACUGAGCGGAUGCGGCAGUUCUGUGGCCCCUUCCCGAUGACCUGCUUCCUGAACCUUCGUCCUGCUCCGUUGGCAAAAGUUUGUGGGGAUGUUGACUGAGGUCAGCGAUUGAGCGCUCGUUCCGUUUCGCUCGCAGGGAGAUGAGACAAUGUCGCAUCAAGCAAAUGCUAGCUCCCCCGUUCCAUUCUAGUUUCCCUGUCACUUUUCCCACCACCAAAAAUGUCCAAUUUGGAGUCGGUUGGGGAGUGGAACUGACUCUGCCGCCGUGCCAUUGAAUCCCACCUGGAAGGAGGAACUGGAAGCCCCCUGACAAAGUCCCCUGACAAAGAACUGAGCUUUCCCUCUCGCCUGCCUCAUUUACUCACCCCCCCCCCAGAACUCUCAGAAAUCUUCAAAAAGCUCCAACCAGCGCGCCAGGUGUGUGAGAUGCAGGGUGGAUUUGAUUUAAAUCAAAUUGAUUUAAAUCACGAUUCAAAUCACUAGUCUGUAAGACUUGAUUUAAAUCAUAUUUUUACAUUCUUGCUGGUAUAAUCUUAAUAUUUACAACCAGAUGAAGGUUUCAUUUUGGGAAUAAUACAUUUUCAGAGUAGUUUUUUACAGUUAAAUCAAAAAUUACUGAUUUGGUUAUACUGUUAGAAGUACAUAGACAGAUAAUUUGGAAAUUAUUGUGAGGUUUAAUAAGUUAACUGUUUAUAUUUGGACAACUUUUCUGCUGUACUUUGUUGGCAGGAGAAUAACAAUUUAAACAAUUUAUUUAAGUAAAACAAUAACGUUUUAGCAUAUCUAUCCAUGUUUGUUAAUUGAUGGGGUUAAACAGAAAAUAAAAACUUAGACUGAAUUUUAGCGCAUAUGAAAAACUUAAAUACUUAUUUCCUGAUGAAUAACCUUUGGACUAUAAUGCAACUUAAACAGAAAACUAUCUUUAGAAAGAUUUUUCCUCCAAAAGCAUUUUAUUUUAAAAAUAUAAUUUAAAUUAAAAAAAAAUCAGAUUUUUUGAUUAAAAAUAAAUAAAUCAUGGUCUUUUAUAUGAAUGAGGAACCAGUGAUAACCAAGUUCAGUUUCCAAUAAUAAUGGAUUCCAAACAACAAAUGUUGAUCAUGGAAAAUCCAUUAUUCAUGAGAGUGAAAUUACCUGCCUCUCUGCUCUAUGUUUGGGUGCCUCAAUUUUAAAAAAUCCCUUCUCCUUUUAGGACGAGGCUGUGAAGAGCACUUUUAUGAAGGCGACAAUUCUAAUAAGCAAAGCGCUUCAGUGGAGCCGAGUACCUGCCUCAUAGUAAGUAAAUCAUUUUUUUUACAAAGCCCUGACCAUCUUCGGUCCAGGGUGCCUCAGGACCCUGUUCUACCUGCACAGCGGAAGGCAGCAGUGUUUCUGAAGAUCAGUUGCUGGAAGCCCCAGGCGGGGAGAGGGAGAGGGAAAGCUCUGUGCAGGUGAAAGAUGGAUCUUAUUCCCAGAUCCAGGAGGCCCACUCUUCUCCCAUAGUUGUCAAGUGGGCUGGGCUGGAGAGAGAGCACAAUUCAGGGCUUGGUGUGGUGGUGGCAGCGAUGGUGUCUCCAGUUCUGACAUGCUGUGUGCCGGGUUCCAUAAUUAUGCUCCAUAGCUGCUGAAUUAGCACUUUUUCUGUGAGCUUUGGAUAAUUUCCCCUCCCCUUCUUUCUCAUUCCUCUUCACGCACAGGUUAGAUCGGAGCUGGUGGAGAAAACCAUCAGGAAGGUCUUCUCUCUGCCCUCCCAGAAGCUGACGAAGCUGAGAGACAGGAACCCCAGGCAACCAGCAGAGAUGCAGGUAACUGGACCUUCUGCUUCUAGGGAUCUGAACGGAGGGAAAUGGCUUGUCAGUACAGCCUGGAACUGUGGCCAGAUAAAAAAAUUUGAGGGCAAAAAGGCUGAGCCGUGUAAGCUACGAAUAAUGCUGCCAGAGACACUUGGCCCAUCACAAGGAUGUAACAACCAGAGACCCUGGGUGUAUAUUCUUGAUUCUUUCGGUAUGUGUGUCAUUUAAAAGGUGUUCCCUCACCUGGGUAAUGGACAGGUGGUAUAGAAAUAAAGUCUUACCACAACCACCACCCCGUGGCUCUUUCCCCGACUUCAAAGGAUAUCUUGCCUUCAUUCUGGCUACGGGCUGCAAAAAGGUUUUCAUUCUUUGAAAAGAAAUAGUGUUGAAGAAUGUGUCCUUCUCCAGGUGUGCUGCCAUUGGCCCCAGUCAGCAUGGCCAACAGUCAGGAGUAGUUGGAGUCCAAUAACCAGGCAUGGGGAACCCGAGGUGCUCCAGAAGUAGAACAACAGAGCAUCUGUUUUGGAUCCACAAGGUCCCAGGUUCAAUCCACAGCAUCUCCAGGUGGGGGUGGGAAAAGACUCUCUGUCUGAAGCCCCAGAGGGCCAACUGCCAAUUAUCAUCUGUAGACGACACCAAGGUUGGAGGAUCAACGGCUGGGCUUGGUCUAAGGAUGCUCCCUGCAUUCCAUUGCUAUGGCUGUGGUGAGGUGUAGGUUGUAUUAUUGCAUUUAUCAUAUAAACACACAAAUGACAUAAAAAUACAAAAUGCUUAAUAAAACAAAAACAACUCAAGAGCCAAUUAAUAUCUAAUUCUACUAAUGUUUAAAAAAAACUUUUAAUGGCUUCUUUUUUAUAUAUCUUUAUUUCUUAUUUUGUUUAUAAGCUGCCUUCAGUCCCUUUCAGGGAAAAAGGUAGGGUAUAAAAUAAUAAUAAUAAUAAUAAUAAUAAUAAUAAUAAUAAUAAUAAUGUAAAACAAAUAGCAGCAAACUUUCUCCUUUACAAAAUAACCCCUUUUUGCAAUUUGUCCCCUCUAUGGUCCUGGCAUGAUUCAUCAAACUAGUAGCCCAAGCUUUAUGAAUUUGCAAACCUGGAUUAAUGGUGGUUCUUCCAUACGAUGAUUAUUAUUUCUCUCCCGUAGCCAUGGCUGGAUUGA